ACACUCGGUCCUCCAUAUUUCGAUCGAAGCGACACAAAGUCGUUCGGUGACUCAGUGCGUAAAGUACUCGUAUUCAUAUAAUUAUAUAUAGACGUGUUUUGCAUAACUCGACAACUUGAUUAACUAAAUACGAUAAGAAAAAUUACAAGUCGCCUACGAUAUGUAUCAUCUACCUUCGACGCUAUGCUAUCUAUUGCAUAGUAGUGUAGAUGUAGUUUGACAGAGAGUCGUUUAUUUGGCCGGCCAUUUUGUAUUUUGAGGUCGAAUCGGAGAAACAGUGACAGAACUUCGCGGAAAAUUGACUACCUAAAUUUGCAUUUUUUAUUCGAUACUGUUAUGAUACAAAACCUGCCGGUUAGAGGUUAUUUUUGUAUUAAAACCCUUUUCCUUGUGUCGGUGUUAUUUGUGUAGAACUAUCUACUGUAUUUAUAGCAAAGUGAAAAGUUGCAGAAAUUGCAAAAUCGUGAAAUAAUUGUGUGGAACUGUUUACCAGAGUCUUGAGUUUAUAAAUUAAUUGACAAUGAAAGUAAUAUAACAUGGCCACAAAGAUUGAAUCCGAUUUACCAUCUUCGCCAACAAAUGAUCAAUCAGAUGGCGAAGGGCACGAUUCUUUAGAAGACAAUUACCAAGAAGAAGAAGAAGAUGUAAAGCCGUCAAACAAUAAUGUUGCAGACAUUCUAAAGAGACUACAGUCAACGGGAGCUCUUAUUAAAAAGCCUAAGCAAGAGUUUAAGUGUUAUACCUGUGACGAAGAUUUCUCUUCCUGGACAGAAUUAGAGAGUCAUCUUAUACAACACGUGUCUUUGCCCUCGGUGGUCCUCGACAAGCUGCCGUCCGACACGGAAGAUUCCCCUCCUCCAUCGGGAGAUGAAAACUGGUCCGAUGAAGAAGAUGUACCUGACCCGCCCAAAGUGGCGAAAACGACGCCUCAAAAAAUCGAUAUAUCUCAAAUUCUCAAGAAAACUGGCAUUUCUCUAAAAAAGACAGGUGAGCAUGAUAAUAAAAAAUCAGAUUCGGCAUUAAGCAAAUUAAGCGGAUUAGGGUUUACCAUAAAGAAAAAUUCUACGGUUGUGAAAAAUGAACCGGAACCUGAGACUGAAAGUAGUAAUGAUCUCAUGAAAAAAUUAGGUAAAUUAGGAGGAAUAAAACUGAAACUCAAGUCAGAUGGUAACAACUCUAAUUCAUUCAAAGUAAUUAAUGGUUUGAAAGAUUUUAAAGCUUCUGACGACGAGGAUGACGGCAGUGGUAAUGAUGAAAGUAAGGACGGUCAGGUAGAUGAAGAUGAACAAGAUAAACCUGUCGAAAAUGAAGCAUCAGCUAGUGAACAAGAUCAUUCAGGUGAUGAGGAAAAUCCAAAUAACAGUCGCAAAAAUUCAGAUAGUGAUGAUGGUAGUGCCAGAUCUCAAGUUGACAGCAAGCUUGCUAAUGCUCUUAAGAACUUUCAAAAUAAAGCAGUAAAAGUAGAACCAGUAAAAAAUAUAAGAGAAACAAAAGGUCUAUUGCAGGACACGCCUACAAAAAUACCCGGCAGGCCUGUGGUGAAACAAACACCUAAGCGAGGAGCGAAUCUUCCAAUAACGACCAGAGAGCUACCUCAGCAAGCUAAAGAGUCAUCUUGUCUGGAAAGUAAAACUACGCGACGAAGUGAAUUAAAAGAAAGUACAAACAACCUAGAAAAAAUUGUAGUGAAAAAAGAAUUUGAUUCUGGUGAACCGCCAUCGACCGACGUACCUAUAUUUUCGGGACAGAUAAAAUCAGAAAGGGCUACACCACCAUUGCAAGCUGUUGAUGAUACCUCUACACCUAUUAUUGCAACUAUCAAAACAGAACCGGAUGCUAACACCCAAUCUUUUUCAACCUCUAACUCGACUGUAACUAAUACUACGCCACUUCUUCCUGUAACAAAAAAAGAAGAUACAAAUAUGACAAUUAUAGAAAUUAAUGGUGAUUCUAAUGAUGAGGACGAUGAUUGUUGCGUGGUUUCUGCUACUCCCGCGCCUGACAUAAAACCUAUUAUACCAAAAACUGAAAAUGUGACACCUACAUACCCUCCUCCAUCAUACCCUAAUCCGACUUCACAAUCAAGCUACAGUACAUCUGGUGGUCUAUCUUCUCGUAUGCCAACUAUGCCGUCAACUGAAAAACAACAUAAUUUUAAUUGGAAUGCUCCUGACACUAAGCCACCAAUUGACAUGUUAGAAAAGAGUGCUGAUGACAUAUUCGAAAGCCUACUAUCAUCUGCAACAAAAAAAGAGAAUCUCUCAUUAUCAGAUGCAAGCGAAUACAUAUCAUUAGAUACUUUAGGACCACAACAAACUUGCGAAGUCUGUAAUACUAGAUUUACUGAUAUGUCUCUUCUCGAGGAACACCGGCGUAUAAGUGGUCAUUCAAAAUGUAUUAUCGCGCCAUCAUCGUCUACUCUAUUACCAUAUAAUCCAUCUUCAAAUAUUUUGUCUAGUUUGUUACCUGUAAAACAAUUGGCUGAGCAAGUAGGUAAACUGUCAGGAAUCAGUAAUAAUAGCGCUGGUUUUACUCACCAGCAAAACGUUAUGAUUAAUAUACAAGCAUACCCAGGAGCUGGGGGUGUAAUGGUACCGCCGCAACCAUAUAAUGCUUACACUUCUUCACCCGGGCAGACUAUGCAUUCAGGGUAUCCACCGGGAUCAAACAAUAUGUACGGCGGACAAGCAAUGCCAGGACAGUAUCCUGGACAACAUUAUAUGGGACAACAAGGAUAUGGGCAAUUUCCGCAGCCUAUGUCCAAAUCAGGAUAUCCUGGAGUACAAAAUACGUUUUCAACGGCAUCGACACCUUAUUCUUCAGCAUCUCCGCUCCAAAGUAUGCAGCAGGCGUACGGACAAGUUUCACCUGGUAUGAUAAAUACGCAGUCACAAAUGGGACAAAUGGGUCCGCCUGGAUCGUCACCUAGUCAAUACGCACCCGUUUCCAGUCCGAGUGGGUUAAUGAAACCACCAAGUAGCGGAGUCAGAAUUCAGAAUGUUCAAACAUUCCCCCCAGGUCAAGUAAUAAUGCCUGGACAAACUAUUGCUCCUGGUCCUGAAAUGAGUGGACAAUCCCCUGGUCAAGUGAUGGGAGGACAAAUGCCUGCACCUAGUACAAUUAGGAUGGCUUCGGGCGCUAAUGUGUCUGGUGCAAGACCCAGAAUGCCAACAGUAAGGGGGGCUAGACCAUCCAUACGACCAGGCAUUCAAGUGCACGGGCAGGUCCGCGGUCAAAAGCCAGGGCAACGUAUGCCAUUAAAACGGCCAGGACAAAUGGUAACGGCCCCAGGUCAAAAGCGCCGCCCAGAUAUGCUGUUACCCGGAAAACAUGACAAUGAGGACUGCCAAGUAAUGGCGAUGCAGAAACAACGUGAUGGUUUGCCAAUGAUUCAAAGUGUCCAAGGUGCUAAAGACAAACUCAAUCUUGGUAGUCAAAUAUCAAUCACCAAAAAGACCGUCAAUAAAGAAGCGAAUGCAAUGGCGAAUGUAUUAGCUUCUCGAGGAAUAAGUGUGAAGCAGAAACAGAAAAGUCGAUCGCCAACUCCAGAUAGACCGCUUCCGCACAUACCCAAUCUUGGUGCCGGUAUGAGUAUAAAACACACUUCUAAGUCUAGUAAUUUCUCAAUACCUGAAGCGAAGGUCGGCGGUGGGAUGUUGUCAUGUAAAAUAUGCAAGAAAAUGUUUAUGAAUCAAAAUUCUUUACAAGUCCACAUGUCUGCUGCACAUCCACAGAGUAAAAUACCAAUGUUCAGAUGCGAUGAAUGCCCGGCGUCAUAUCCCAAAUCUUUGCAAUUGCAGCACCAUAAAAGGGUGUUUCAUAAUGUAAGCGGAGCAAACCGUGAGUUAGGUUUGCCUGUUGUCGAUUUGUCACAGGAAGACAAUUUAAAACGGUUGGGUAACUUAGGUAUUUAUAGUUUUAUACCGUUGGCCAACAGAGAACAAGCCAGUGGUUGUUUUGGUAUUCCUGUUAUUUCAGUACAUAAUAUGCAAAAUGGUAUCACGAAUAGUUUGCAAGCUCUAGGUGCAGAUGGCUUACUAAGUUUAGGGCCGCUCAAACCUUUACCAAAUACUUAAAUAAUAUUUUUUUAAGUGUGCAAUUGCUUAUAUUAUGCAUUUGAGAAUGUGGCGACGGGAUGUACAUAAAAAAUAAAUACACUUAUAUAAUUUAAACAAAAUAAUGAAAACUUAUACCAAAAGUAAUAGAUUUUGGAAUUAUCUCGAAAUAUUAAAUAAUAGUCACAAAUUAUCUUUUGUAAUUUGGUAAGCAUACAUUUUUAUUCAAUUUGGAAAGGGUUUGUUGUUUUCUAAUUAGUUUGUUAGAAAACAACAAGUGCAUUAAAUCUAAGUAAAUUUUUAGCUCCUAUCGUAAUGUGUUUAUUUUGUAGUUCAGUUCUUGGAAGUCAAACUUGUCUAUUUUGAGAAUUUAUACAACUGCACUCCAAAAACGUGUAUAUAUCGAAGGUAAAUCGUAAAACAAAAUCAACCCUAAUAUGAUAUUAAUAAAAUUUCACCAAACUCAACGUUUUCAAAAAAAGAAACUAACAUGUUGUAGUGAUUGUAUCGCCUAAGAUUAAUUAACUGACCUCUAAAACUGAACGAGAUUGUAAAAGCUUUUUUUUUUAAUUAUUAAAUGUAAUUGAGUAAAUAAAUAAGACUAAAUAUCUUUAUUUAAGUUCCAGUUUUAGUACAUAUAAAAUGUUAUACACC